AUGGAGGACGACGACGAUGCCUUUUUCGAGGGGAUCGAUGUGGACGGCCUGAUCACAGGGCAGUCCACGGGGCUUGCCCAGGAGGCACCGCCCAGCAGCUGGCCAGCACACAAUCCCCCAGAACAGGCACGUGCACGCCCUGCCCCGCCGCCGCCGCCACCAGCACCCCAGGCUCUGUCGGAGCCGGAGCGUGCCCGCCGGCUUGCGGCCGUCUCCGCGGCCCUGGCGGCUGCGGCCGAGAAGAUGCUGGACGCCGAGGGCGACCCCGGGGCGCUGGCGACUGUGAUGGCGGAGAGCCGGCGCCUCCGCGAGGAGAAGUCUGCGCUGCUCGCACAGCCAGGGGAGUCCAGAUCUGGCACGGACGCCGCUACCAGGCCCCAGCCCUUGGGAGGCCCCGGCCCGGCCUCCCAGUUCCCCGAGGGUGGCAACCCAACCGGCGGCCCUCCAUGGCAGCAGACCUCCCGCGCCUCGGCACCGACGGUGCAGGCCGCGCCGUACCGAGCCAGCUCCUGGGUCCAGGGCCCCGGUACAGCUCCCCCUCCCCUCACAAACAGCUACAGCCACCAAGGCGCCUCGCUGGGCUGGGAGGAGGGCGGCGCCCCACCCCAGCCGCCGGCCUGGACGCCGGACAAGGCCCUGGCGCGGCAGGCGGCGGGAGAGCGUGUGGACGCGACGCACGACGCCUCAUGGCGUGGCGAGACCUUUGCCUGGAGCCGGGAGCUCCGGUCCCUGAACACCACGCGGUUUGGCAAUUCGGGGUUCCGCCACAACCAGCUUGCCAUCAUGAACGCCAGCCUGGCGGGAAAGGACGUAUUCGUCCUCAUGCCCACAGGCACGUUGAUGAGCGUUCAUUGGUGGAUGGGGCAUGCCGGCUGCACUUGGAGGCUGCUGGGAUGCCACGAAGCGAGGGCAAGCCCAGCAGAGGCGGGACCUGCCGCUGGGAAUAUGAGUGGCGGCGGCAAGUCGCUGUGCUACCAGCUCCCGGCCGUGCUGUCCACCGGGAUCACCAUAGUGGUGUCGCCCCUGGUCUCCCUCAUUCAGGACCAGGUGUACCACCUGGGCGUGCUGGGCAUCCCCGCCGUCUGCCUGGGCGGGUCCAUGGGCUGGGAGGAGCAGCGCGCGGUGUACGACGACAUGACACGCGACCCCGAGGCCUCCAAGGUCCUGUUCAUCACACCCGAGAAGCUGGCGGCCUCCGGGCGGCUGCAGGCCACCCUGGACCAGCUGCACCAGCGGGGCUGCCUGGCCCGCGUCGUCAUCGACGAGGCCCACUGCGUCAGUCAAUGGGGGCACGACUUCCGCAAGGACUACACGCGCCUCAGCUUCUUCAAGCAAAAGUACCCCAGCGUGCCGCUCAUGGCUCUCACAGCCACGGCCACGCCCCGGGUGCAGCAUGAUGUGGUGGCACAGCUGGGCAUACACUCCUGCCUCAUGUUCACCAACUCCUUCAACCGGCCCAACCUGAGGUACGAGGUGGUGAAGAAGAAGAAGGUGGACACCUGCUGCGACGAGAUCGCCACCUCCAUCGUGAAGAACUACACCGAGAAAUGCGGCAUCGUCUACUGCCUCACGCGCAAUGAGUGUGAGAGUGUGGCUGACAAACUGGAGGUAGGGGGGCACUACCAUGGCAGCCUGACGGCAGAGGAGCGUGAGAACGUCCAGUCCGAGUGGACUAAUGGAGAGGUGGCGCUGAUCGUUGCGACCAUAGCCUUCGGGAUGGGCAUCAACAAGGCCGACGUUCGGUUCGUGAUCCACUUCAGCCUGCCCAAAUCCCUGGAGGGGUACCUCCAGGAGAGCGGGAGGGCUGGGAGGGACGGCCGCCCCGCCACCUGCCUGCUGUACUACUCAUAUGCUGACGCAGCAAAAUCGCGACACAUGCUGCGCCAAUCUGCAGAGGAGAACAGGUCGCCGCUGGAGCAGCUGAAAAGCAACGAGGAGUCCCUGAAUGCCAUGGUUGCGUACUGCGAGGAGCAGGUCGAGUGCCGCAGGGUGCUCAUGCUGCAUCACUUUGGGGAGCACAGCUUUGAUAAGAGCAAGUGCGGCGGGACGUGCGACAACUGCGCGCGCAGCGCCACGCAAUCCUAUGUGUACGAGGACCAGUCGGAGGCCGCGGCCAAGGUCCUGGAGGCCAGCCGAGCCGUGGGCCCGGCCUCCAUGUCGCUGCUGGUGGACACGGUGCGCGGAGCCAACACCGCCGCCAUCCGGCGCGCGGGCCUGGUUGGCCUGGCGGCGCACGGCUGCGGCCGCGCUUUCUUGAAGAACGGCGGCGAGGCGGAGCGCCUCAUCCGCCGCAUGGUGGUCCAGGGCCUGCUCCUGGAGCGCACGGCGCGGCAGGAAGUGCACAUGGCGGUGGUGGCCACGCUGAGCGACUGGGCGGGCGGGGCUGGACACCGCAAGGGUGGCCAGCGGGCGGCGCCGGUGUGCUCCGCCCUGGCCAUUGCCAGGGCGGGGCAGGGACGGGCAAGAAAGCACGGCGCGGAGGAGGAGGACGACCCCAUCGACCUGUGCCUGGACGUCGAGGAGACGGCGGUACGCACGCAGCUGAUGAAGACGGCGCUGCACCAACUGAACGCCGCGCUGCGCCUCCAGCGCAACUCGGCGCGGGGCCCCUUCACCGGCGCCGUGCAGGCCUCGCUGGCGGCCUGCGCGCCGCGGACAGUCCAGGACUUCCAGGCCAUGGUGAUCAGCGGGGUGUCGGAGCAGAUGAAGCGCCAGUAUGGAGAGCAUGUGGUCUCGGCCAUCAACCAGGCGGACGCCUUCCUGGCCAGGAUGCGGACAGGCGGCGCGCAGGCGGAGGAGUUUGCGCUGGACAUCCGCGCCCUCACACCCUCCAUGGCCGGUGCUGGGAUGCGGCAGCCCAAACGGGCGCGGAUAGAUGAGCAGGCGUGGUCGGACAGCGAGGGCGAGGAGGCUGCCUGGGCGGCCGUGGGUGAGCAGGCUGUGGGGAUCCUGGGCAAGGCCCACCAUGGGAGGGGUGUGGACAUGGUGCGCAUGGAUCGCCGCAGCCUGUGGCCCACCCCUGUCGUUCCCGACUGCUGGACUCGGGUGCGCAUGUCCCAGGGCGUCCCCACUCUCGCCCCCCCCCCCCCUCAAACGUCACCAAACCCUGCAGAGAACGCCGCUCGGGCACACCAGGGGCCCAUGCAUGCGCCCAUGCUGGAGGGCUUCAGGUAUCAGGCCGGGACAACAACACCCCCUCUGCGUCGACCCCCGGCCAGCUUGCAGAGCCCGGCCUGGCACGGCGCGGGGAAGGGCCAGGAGGAGCCGUCCUCGGCAUCUAGGUGGCAGCGGAGAAAGGCGGGAACUCCGGAGGCAGCAUGGGCUCGCGUCCGGUCCCUCAUGACGGAACCGCUGGGCAUGCACAACCAGGCAUGA